AAGACAACUCAUAGGUAAUGGAAGGAGAGAUAAAAGAUGUGCAGCCAGUGGCAGACUUAUACUCACAUUGUGAUGAGUCAGACUACUUGCUGCCUAAUAUAUUCCACCAUCUGACAGCUGCCUUGUAGGAGAUAAUGGCUGUUAUUUACUUCACCGGUCAGUGGUUUUAAAGUUACGGCUGAUCGGCGGAUAUUGCACCACUGUUUUCUCAUAAGUAUGUUCUUCUCUCUUUACACAGGAGAAUAGACUAGAAUGAAAGACAGUAUGAUCCAGUGCAGCCAGACUGGAUGCAUUCAGGAACAGGAACUGAGAAUCUGCACAAUUUUAGAACAGCUUUGGAAUUUCUUGGUGUCAAAGAGGAAGGAAAAAUAACUGCAUGAAUGUUAGUCAGGGAGGGAGCAAUGCAGAAGUUACUGUAGUAAAAAGAACAAGAGAAACACAUUUCAAGGCUUUGAGAAGUCAUUUGGCGUCAUGGCAGCGUGUCAGGAGCUCAGCUUUAACGUGGAUCACGGAUAUCUGGAGGGUCUGGUCCGAGGAAUGAAAGCUGGGAUUCUGACUCAGGCUGAUUAUCAUAAUCUGGCUCAGUGCGACACACUGGAGGACAUGAAGCUGCACCUCCAGAGCACAGACUACGGUAAACUGUUGUCCUCGUCUGAAGAAGACCUCAGCGUGUCUCUGGUGGACAGCAAGCUGAGGGAGAAUCUGGUGACCGAGUUCAGCUGUUUGCGCUCCAACGCCCUGCCGCCGCUCUCUACAUUCCUUGACUAUAUAACUUACGGCUACAUGAUCGACAAUGUGGUGAUGCUGAUCACUGGAGCCCUGAAGCAGAGAGAUGUGGCAGAGCUGCUCCCACGGUGUCACCCACUGGGAGGUUUUGACCAAAUGGCGGCCGUGGGCAUCGCUCGCACCCCGACUGAACUCUACUCAGCCAUCCUGGUGGACACACCGCUGGCUCCGUUUUUCCAGGAUGCUGUAUCUGACUCCAACCUGGAUGAAAUGGAAGCUGAGAUCCUGAGAAACAAACUGUAUAAGGCAUAUUUAGAGUCUUUCCACUCUUUCUGCAAGAAGAUGAGCGGCGCCACGGGGGAUAUAAUGUGUCCCGUCCUGGAGUUUGAGGCAGACAGGAGGGCCUUCAUCAUCACAGUGAACUCCUUCGGGACGGAUCUCAGCGGAGCAGACAGGAGCUCGCUGUAUCCGGCUUGUGGCAAGCUUUACCCUGAUGGCCUGCGACUCCUGGCCCUGGCAGAGGACCAUGAACAGGUCAAAGCCGUGGCCAGCUGCUAUACAGACUAUAAAGCAAUUUUUGAAGACCCUGAACCAGGAUCAGAGUUUAAGAGUUUUGAGGACAGAUUCUUCGAACAAGAGGUGAAGCUGAACAUACUGGCUUUCCUGCAGCAGUUCCACUUUGGAGUGUUUUACUCCUACAUCAAGCUGAAGGAACAAGAGAGUCGCAACAUCGUCUGGAUUGCUGAGUGCGUCACUCAGAGACAGAAAUCCAAGAUACACAACUACAUACCCAUCAUCCAAUGAACAAAGAAGUGAGCAAUAAAGACACGUAGUAAAGUCACAUAGCAUACAACAAUGUAAUAAAUGCACUUUGUCAAACUGUAUAAAAA